UAUUCUAGUAUGCUAACUCUAACUUAUAUGUUCAGUUUUAGUUCAUGAACGAGAGCAAUCCCACCGACAUCCUCCUUGAGUCACCAGUCAACUUCAAGGAAGAUGUUUCAGUGAAUCUUCCAGAUCCUUCUUCCUCGAAACAUGGCUUCGGCCCUCCUCCAGAGGAAACGAAAAUACCCGUUUCGAAUCUGCCACCCCAACCUCGGUCUGAUGCUGCACCAGAGCAAACACUAGACGCUUCAGCUCAACACUCUGAUGCACCUAAUAAAAUACAUAUAAUUAUUGAGCAGUCUGUAGGACAGCUAGAUGAUCCACCAGAAGUAUGCAAGGUUGAUGGUAGUAUGCACGACUCUGCUGGUGACGGUGGAACUAGUAGUAAUCCUGAACCUGAAUUAAUGGACAAUUCUUUAAGAGAAAUCAUUGAGGAUGAGAAAGAAAUACUGGAUCCAGUCGAGGAAAAGCUUCUACUAUUCUUGAAGGAUUCGUCCAAAAGAGAGAUAGAAUUUGCUGGUGACAUUUCCAGUCACGAGAGAUAUUUGGUGCACAGAUUUGUGACAGAACAUGGACUUACUUGUGAGAGCACUGGUAGUAAUGCUAAUCAUAAAUUUGUGGUAAAGAAGGCAGGCGAUGAAGAGGACGAACUUGACUACGGAGCUGGCGGUGACGAUAAUGAAGAGAAGAUGGGCGAUGGUGAAGAAAAUAUACAGGAUAUGGAUGAUGUUGAAGGUGAUGUGGUCACUGAUAUUAAUGGGUCACCAAGUCAGGAAGAUGUCGUGGAGCUUUACUCAAACUUUAAGGAAGUGGAGACUGUCCAGAAUUCUGCAAAACCACCAAAUACGCAAGCGAAAAAACCAAACCAGAAUGAAAUAAAGUUUGAUGUCAAACAUGUUAAUCCACAUCUAACCUUGCGGGAUCUGAAGUUGGAACAUUUCUCUGGGUGCUACAAAAUGGACAAACCUGUCGUUUCGCAAAUUCUUCGAAAUAUUUGCGGAAGUGCAAAAAUUCCUCUUCAAAUAGUUCUAGAUGAGAAGAAAUGCGUUGGUAAUCCAGGUCCUAACAGGUGCAAGGUUUCAAUCUAUAUGAACGAUAUUCAUGUAUCCGACGGAUUUGGAAAAAAUCGUAAAGCAGCUAAAGAAUGUGCUACCCUUACUGCAAUAAAAUAUUUGCAGCACAAAGGAGUCACUUUGUGGGAUACUAUAACAUUGGAAGAUAGGUUUGUUGUUGCAAAGCCCAUUGAAGAUCUGGGAGAAGACAAAACCACAUUUAAAAGAAACUUCCAAAUAUUUAUGGAAGAAUUCAUCAUGGAUCCGAACAUAGUGCAGCUUCGAGUUAUAGGUAAAUUUCUAAAACAUGUUGCGGACGACUGGAGAAGAUCGGAAAUUAUCAGUAAAAGCAAUCAGUAUAGUCUUCGUAAAGACGUAACUAGCAAUUUUAUUCGAGUUUCCAAAACCAAUUCUCUCGUGCACAACCUUGCAGCUUAUCCUACUGAUGAGUGCAGUGGCCCCUCAGACGAUGGUUUACCUAACAAAUAUGAAGGACAGAAUAUAUCAAGUUGUGACCUCUCUCAAAAGUUCGUCGAGAACCCGCUUCUACCUUUCUCUCUGAAAGAACUAGCUAAAACGAAGUACGAUCGUCUGAACGUAAGCUCUAACCUCCGUAAUUUGCGUCCUCUUAAACUGGACCAAUACCAAGGCGUCGUCUCGAGGAAAGUUGUUGGUCAACACAAUCUUCCUGGUAUCAUAACAGAAAUAACAGAAGCUGUUGGAGUAUCAUGUGAGUUCGAUGUGAAGGGACCUUUCGCUGGAGUUCCGAGACUUCAGUGGAGAGCGUCUUUGUCAAUUAACAAAGUAUUCAUUGCUAAAGGUUUCAGCAAAACCGAAAGUAAGUCCAGAAGUGACUGCGCAAACAAUGCCUUUCAUUUCUUACUUUCUGUUGGUCUUAACCUUAUUUUCGACGAUGAGAUAAUUGAUGGACAGAUAAAAAAGGUCGAGAAAGCCGAAGUUGAAUCUUCGAGUAUUCGAGAACAGUUUUCUGUAUUCCAGGAGGAUAAGAGUUUUGUAAAAAUGAAGUUCUGUUAUAGAAUCAGUGAGACUGAAAAGGAAUUGUUCGAGGUGUUCUGUGAAAAAUAUAAUCUUACACUACUUUACGAGGGCACUGGUGAGAUAAUGGCAGUUAAAAAGAAUUCACAUCUGCACAAAAUGGAACUCAUCAUAAAAGAAGCCGAACAAACCGUUCCCUCCGUUCAGUCCGUUAUCAUAAUAUCCAAGGAAGAUCUGGCUGUAAAUUCUUCUAUUCGCUACCAUAUCCAACAGUUUGUCAAUAAUGACAGUUUGCUUGAACUUCAAUUUCCGGAAAAUUUGGAUGUAACUCAAAAGGAACUAAUCGAAGUCCUCUCGGAAAAACACAAGUUGAAGCACGAUGUUGAUGGUUUAAGUAAAAUAAUCCUCUCUAAAGAUCCUGAUGAUCUUGCUAAAGUUCUGGAAACAAAGACAGAGCCCUCAAUUUCUCAGGUUCCCGGGAAAUCAACCACAAAACGAAAGCAAAAACAAAGACAGCAACUGACUGGAGUUCCGACUAGUUUGACCCCAAAACUCAUUCAACAGAGAGGGACCAAGAGAUCGAUCAUAUCUAUUCAUGAUGAUGUUUUAAGGAAAACAUUCAGAACGGAUAACAAUUCUGGCAAACAGCGGACCAAGCCCAAUCCACGUAUACAAAAGACCAAGAGUAAUAGAAGGAGUGAGAAUCGGAGAAUUCAAAUUGGGGCAGGUAAUCCUGCUGGAAAUAGUGGGGGUAACCCUGCUAGAAAUAGUGGGGGUAACCCUGCUAGAAAUAGUGGGGGUACUGAUCGUAGAUUAAGUGAGGGCUGGAAAAACAAUGAGAGAGAAGUUGGAAGUCAAGGUGGUAGUGGAAUGGACUUUAGUUGGGUUAGUGACGUCGUGAACAGAGCUGUAAACACAGCGGUUACUGUGAACAGUGCGACAAGAACUACACUGAAUCACACAAGUAACAAUGCGGCAAACAGGAACAGCGGCGUAUCCCUCCUCCGCCCUCCUUACCUGUCUGAAGAAAGCAGCUCCACUAGCUCGUUUAACCAAUCUCUAGCAGUUUCUAACAAUCAUGCUAAGAACUGGCAAAGUCAGACCACAAAUGCGUCCCGCACACAAAUCAGAGGAUUCACAUCACUCGGUUCUCAGAAGAGAAGCACUAUACCUAGUUACUCUACUCAAAGUGUUAGUGAUCCUAGUUAUCAACAGAACACUAAUGUGAAUUAUCAAACCAAUGAGCAGGUACCGUAUUAUCCUGCCUCUUCUAUACCCUCCCAUCAUCAGACUUCAUCAGAAGACCUUUAUUCAUCAUCAUCUGGGGCUGAAUACCAAUCUCAGUAUUCAUCAUGGUUCUCCAGGGGUGGCUCAAACUGAGAAAGAUAAGCCGCUUGUUUUGCUACUGCCAUUGUAUGAAAUUAUUUACAUAAGUUGCCCUUUUGCUCAAGUUGUUUGAAUUUUGCCACAAGACAAGGGUUGUCUCUUACUUUAGGGUCUGAUCUUGCUGUAUAGUUGGUAUAAUCAGUGCAUUCAAGAAGUGUGACAUGUCUAAGGCCACUUGUUUUUAUCGCAUAAAUUAUCCCAAUUACUAUAAUUAUUACAAUAUCAUGACAAUUGUUGUUAUUCUUAAAAGGUUACUCAAUAUAUUGUAUGAUGUGCUACUGUAAUAAUCAAUUAAUUUUAUGUCGCUUUAAA